GAAUUGUUAAUUCCAUUUUAAUCAACUCUUCACCUCAGAGGAAUUUCUUGCAUGCUAAAUGCCUUUUCUAAGAGGCAAUAAAGUUUUUUUUGUUUAAAAUUUAUCCAAGACACUUCACAUGGCAAGACUUUAACACGAGGAGACUCUGAAAAUAAAUCUUAAAGGAAAUCGCUGAAACUUAACGUAUGCAUUCUAAUGACAUUUACUUGUGGGCAGGAAAUUAGUUUUAACCUUACCAUUUAUCAGAGCUACGCGAAUUAUAUUUUGAGUUUUUUAAAAUUAUAUAUUAAUAACAAUAUUUUAACGGUGAAGAAUUUUUAAAGCAGAAAGAUAAAUUUAGACUUCGUUGGAUUUUUUAACAAACUGCACUUGAAAGUUCUUUUAUAAAAAAGAGUGGAUUUUUGGUUAAGAUAGUUUUAACAAGUUUGGUUGAGAUUUAACAAGUUGAUAAAGGAAAUAAAAGAUUUCGCGUCAACGAAUAAUUUAAAAACGCUUUCAAGAAUCAGACACUGUAAUGUAAGAGGAUGACAUGGAUCUUGAAGUGCUACCUGAUAGUUUUAAGUACUUUAACUAGGAUACCACCGAUAUUUUUAGAAUCUAAUGAUCCCUACUUGGGUUUUAUCCAAGAACCUGAAAACGGACUGGUGGAAACGCUGAAUUAUAAACUUACUUGUAAAGCAUUUGGAGAUCAACCCUUAAUAUAUUCUUGGUAUAAAGACGAUCUAGUUAUAAAUAACAAUAAUAAUCGGACACUGGUAUCAGAAGACGGUUCAUUGACAAUUUUUAAUGCAUUGCGUAGUAAAGAUCAAGGAAAGUAUCGGUGUCUUGUGUCCAAUCGGUACGGAGGGCUAUUAAGUAAAUCAGCAUUCGUAACUUUUCCAUAUUUAAACGAGUUUUCAGCUGAAGACAGUAACUCGAGAGUGACAGCAGGUGAUAAAAAAGUGCUUUUUUGUAAUGCCCCUGACUCUUACCCAGAUAGAAAUAUUUAUUGGGCAAAACGGCAUUCAUCAGGAAACUAUUUUCCUUUGCAAUUAGAUAUGAACUCUUAUUACAGUGUUAGUGAAGCAGGCGAUUUGUAUUUUUCAUAUACUACAAAAGAAGAUUACGGUAUUUAUUAUUGCAGUGUUGAAAAUAAUAAAUUGAGAAGAGUCUUAAAAAGGACUGUUGAUCUUAAAGUCAGCCAAAAAGAAACGCAAGAUAUUGUACCGCCCGAAGUUUGGGUUUUUAAUGAUCAAACUGCAAUGAAAAAUUCAAAUUUUAUGAUGGAGUGCAUUGCAUUCGGAAGACCCGUUCCAACAAUGCAAUUCCGUCGUGUUGAUACUAAUGCAAUACUAAAAGGAUCUUACCAAGUUGGUAAUAGGCUGCGUUAUGAAUUUGGUAGCUUUAAUAUAAAUCAUAGAGGCGAAUACUCUUGCGAAGUUUCCAAUGCUUUAGGUCAAAUAAAUUCCAAAACAGCCUUUUUAGAACUAGAAGCUUCUCCCGAAAUGACAACACCUGAUGAAAAUAAGUUUUCUGCACAAGAUACAACUAUAUCUUUUCACUGUAUAGCUACGGGUGUCCCUGCUGUUACGUACCGCUGGUAUUUAAAUGGACAGUUACUAGAACCUAGUGAUGGGGUAUCAACCACAGGUACAUUAACAAUAACUGUGAAAAGCUCAAAAUCUUCAGGGUAUUAUCAAUGCAUUGCAUCUAACAGACACGGUGAAGCUAUGAUGACAAUACGCUUUUCAGUGUUAGAAACACCUGCUGCGUUUGGGCCAUUAAGUACAAGCCCUGCAGAAACUACUCAUGCAGUUGUUGGCAGUUUUGCACAAAUAUUUUGUAUACCUACUGGAGCCCCAAAACCCACAAUAACUUGGAAAAAAAUUAAUGAUACUACAGAAAUUUCGAAAAAAAGCGAUAAAUAUACAAUAUUACCAACAGGAACACUAAAAAUAAACAAUAUUCAGCUUUCUGAUAGUGGUAUAUACGAAUGCACAGCUAAAAAUAGAUUAGGUUCAGCAACACGAAGCGGAGUUUUAGAAGUAACAGAUGGAAUUGCUAUAACCGAACCGUUAGCUGUAAGUGAUGCUGUUAUUGUUGGUGAUACUAUCCUUCUAAAAUGUGUAACAUCUUGCGUCCAGGAUAUUGAAGUAAUAUUUACAUGGUAUAGAAGCCAACAUAAGUUAAACUCAAUUACUCCUAGAACUAACAUUAUUCGUGAAAAAACAAGCUCCACUCUUACAAUUUUGAAUUCAACGUCAAAAGAUGCUGGUUAUUACACAUGUAAAGCACAAUGGGCCAAUAAAUCAGUUGAACGAAAAAUUUUUAUAAUUGUAACGGGCCCUAAUGGUCACGAAGUAACCGAUAAAGAAGGACAUCCUGACGUUGUAUCAACCGACAAGCCAGCUAGAAGCAAGUUUGGUCCACCAGGGAAACCUCUGUUUGUUAGUGCUACAGAGUCAAGUGGUACUUCAGUCCAAAUAUUUUGGUCAAAAGGAAGAGAUAAUGGAUCACCGAUAGUAAAAAUGCAUAUUCAAGCAAGGACAAUGUUUGAACCUGAAAAAUGGUUUACAGUAAAAGUAUCAAAUAAAACUGAUAAAGAAAGAGACAAUGAAUCUGUAGAAUUGUCACCUUGGGUAGAUUAUAAAAUAAGAGUAAUUGCUGAAAAUAUGUAUGGACUUGGAGAACCAAGUGCUGAAACUAUUAAAUGGAUAAAAACGCCAAUAGCUAAACCAACAAAGUUUCCAUUAAAUGUUGUUGGAAAAGGCACUGCACCCAAUGAACUGAAGAUAACAUUUCAACCUUUAGAAGAAAUUGAUCAAAAUGCUCCUGGUAUUAAUUAUGUUGUUUAUUACAAAGAGGUGCAUAGUUCUUAUGAAAUGAUUAAAGAAAAUGUUCCUAAAGGUCAAACAUUUAUCAAGAUAGUUCUAUCUAGCCAGGAUACAUUUUAUAAACUCUAUGAGUUUCAGUUACAAGCACGUAAUUCUGUUGGUGAUGGCCCCUUAAGUCCUUUACAAACUGCUUAUACUGGUGAAAGAACACCACUUGUUUUCCCUACAAACUUUAAAGUUGAAAUAACAAAAGACUGUACUGCAAGAGCUUAUUGGGAUGAAGUUGCUAAAGAUCGUUUGUCAAUGCGUGGAAGAUUCCUAGGAUACAAAUUUUUUUACUGGGAAAAUCCUCUUGAAAAAAAUGCAAGAAAUGAACUAUAUCUGACUACACAUAGCAAUAGCGCAAGUGUCAAGCUAUUACCAAAUACUGAGUAUUAUUUUGAAGUACUAGCAUACAACAGUGCGGGUGAUGGUCCAUCAAGUUCUACAUUUGGCCCUCUCAAAACACCUGAAAGUGUACCAAGUAUACCAGCUAAUUUCAAAAUCCAAGAAGCUUCAAUAGAUUAUGCUAUUUUUUCAUGGAAUGAACCUUUAUUGCCUAAUGGAAAAAUUAGGCACUACAUUUUUUGGUAUUUUCAUCUUCCAAAUGGCACAUUUCAGGAAGAAAUUGUUUAUAUAGAUGAACUUAUUAAAAGAGUGGAAAUUCCGAAUAGUUAUAAAACCUACCAGUUUGAGAUUGCUGCAGUUACUGGAGCCGGAAUGGGUGAAUCUGCUAAAAUAACUUUUGAUUUUUCAAAAUUGCCGAAAAUAAAACCUAAUGCGCCUGCCAUUACAAUGACUGGUAAAUCAGCGGUUGUACUUACUUGGGCUCCAGUUACUGAAAUUAAAAUCACUGGUUACAAGGUAUUUUAUUGGGAAGAAGGAAGUUCUGAGAAAAAGGAAGCAGCAUUGAAUGAAAGUACUGACGAUGUUGUAACGACUAUACAUGGGUUAAACUCAGGUACAUUAUACUUUUUCCAAGUGGCUGUUGAAAAUAUGUAUGGUGUCGGACCGCGUUCGGACAUUGUUAGCACGCUUACUACAGGGCCACGAGUUAAAUCAGGAAAACAAGAUAAAAUAAGUAGUGCAGCCUCGGUUAGAUCUUCUGUUCUACUUCUAAUAUUGCCGUUUAUAGUUGCUUUGCUUGUUCCGAGAUGAGCAAGGUAGCAAGGUGGAUUGUGUUUGAUAUUAAAUCACUCGUCAUUGCAUCGCUAUGAGAGGAUACAAAAGUAAUGAAGCUGUCUGCGAAGUAAAAAAGCUCAAAGUGAAAUCGACAUUUCGUUUGACGUGGUAUUGACCAAAGUUUCAAAACAAACCAUAAGAAUAACCCGUAUUCCGGUUAAUAUGCUGGUUGUGAAUAACAUAUUCCUAGAUGGAAAAAAACAUUUAAAAAACCAAAGAAAGAAUUUUUUAAAAAAACGUCUUAUUCUUCUUCUCCACGAAUCGUGAAAUUAUUGUUUCCAUGUAUAAAUAUUUUAUAUUAUUUUUUUAUUUUUUUAUUAUUAUUUGUUGUUGUUUUUGAUGUAAAAAUUAAAAGCUUUUCAGUUUUAAUAUUGCCCACGCACAAAUGCAUUAAAAAGAAAGAGAAGAUAUCAAAUAGAUUUUUAGAAAUUAAAUGGCACUGUUCGACAUAUAUAU